ACUGACAAAAAACGUGGAAAAGAAGAAGGCCAACAUAUGCCUGGCAUAGGCGGCAUUAUAUAAAGCCUUCACCUAUAUAUAUAUAUGCUUGGUAUUAGAUACGAAUAGAAAUAAAAUACAAACAUAAACAAAAAAAAAAUGGAACAAAUAAUACUGAGAGAUGUAAUAACUAAUAAUGGUGAGCAUAAUAAUGAAAAAGAAGAUGAGGAAGAGGCACAAGCAAGUGUAGAUAUUUGGAGAUAUGUGUUUGGUUUCACUGAGAUGGCAAUUGUAAAAUGUGCUAUCGAUCUCGGUAUAGCCGACGCGUUACAUAAAAAUGGUGGCUCUAUGUCACUCACCGAGCUAGCCUCUUCCCUUAAAUGUCCACCAUCCUCCUUGUACCGCGUCAUGAGGUUCUUAGCUCACCGGAAAAUUUUUAAGCUAAGCCAAACAAGCCAAAGCACGUUAAUUUUCGCCGAAACACCCCUUUCUAGACGUUUGUUAAGUCAAGGGAAAAAUAGCAUGGCUGCCUUUAUACAACUAGAGUGCAGCCCGGUUAUGCUAGCCCCUUGGCUUUGUCUAAACAAUCGCGUUCAAGAGAAAGGUGUGUCGGCAUUUGAUGCAGCCAAUGGAGAAGAUGUGUGGAGUUAUGCAAGUAAUAAUAUUGCUCAUAGUAAGCUUAUCAAUGAUGCUAUGGCUUGUGAUGCUAGGGUUGUAGUGCCUCGAAUUAUCAAGGAGUGGCCUAAUUUGUUCGACGGUGUUUCUACCGUUGUUGAUGUUGGGGGAGGAGAUGGAACCGCCUCGUCUAUGCUUGUUGAGGGUUUUCCUUGGAUUCAAGGCAUUAACUUUGAUCUUCCUCAUGUUGCAUCUGAAGGACUCCCUUGUGAGCGGGUGCAACAUGUAGGUGGAAACAUGUUUGAGAGUAUUCCAAAAGCCGAUGUUGCAUUCAUCAUGUGGGUGUUGCAUGAUUGGGGGGAUGACGAGUGCAUCCAAAUUUUGAAAAACUGCAAGGAAGCCAUAGCAAAGGAUAAAGGGAAGGUAAUCAUUGUAGAGUCUGUUAUUGAAGAAGAUGCAAAAGAUAAGUUUGAAGAUGCAAGAUUAAUGCUAGAUAUGGUGAUGUUGGCUCACACAACUAAUGGCAAAGAGAGGACCUUCAAAGAAUGGAGUUGCUUGCUUAAUAAGGCGGGUUUUGGCCAUUUCGAUGUCAACCCUAUUGAAGCCGUUCAAUCUGUCAUUGUAGCUUAUCCUUGACUUACAAUGCGAGCAUAUCUUCUUUCAUUUCGCUAUUCAUUGUGUGUGGUUGAUACCAUCAAAAUUCUGCUUGUUAUGGUUUGUUUUAAAUUUCUACAUGUACUACAUCAACUGAACUCAACUCAUGUGAUGCACUAGAUUAUGUUGUUUGACUAAAGUUAAUAAUUUCAUCUAUAUUGAAGAUAGCUACUACUUACAUUUGCUA